CACAAGACAGCAUUCUGAUUGGUUUCCAAGUCGUAAGGCGCUUGUUCAAUUUGGCCUGUAGGAUAACGGUGGACAACGGCAGUUCACCGGGAGUGGUGUUAAUAUGGCGAAAUUUGGGGCCAAAGUUAAGGAGUUACGCUUCUUGGUUGCGCAAACCAGUCCUUCUAGCGCUGGAAUUAGGGACUACAUCCUUCGUCAUUAUGCAUCUCUCAAGUCAGCUAACCCACAUGUGAAAUUUAUGGUUCGUGAGUCAGAAGGUAUUACACCAAAAGUGUUUGCUCGUUACGAAAUGGGAAAGGAAGCCUGUAUUUCGAUAGCGAAUAAUGGAGCUGAUGAGAUAGCUGAAAAAUUAAAGUUUUUAAACCGAACAUAAUGUGUUAUUUUUAGUGAAUCCCAUAUAAAUAAGUAUUUGAGUAAAAGUAGUUAUGUGAAUAAAUGAUAUUAUUUAUUUUA